UUUCCCUCCGGAACACAUCACCGACAGACCGCACUGUGUCCGUGCUCGUCCUCUGCCGGUCCAACGUCCUUUCGCGGGUUUAUUUCUGUCCAACGGCUGAUUAACGGUCGGUUAACGGUCGGCUAACGGCUGAAUAACGGUCAGACGAUGACCUCCAGGGGGACGCCGAGCCGCUUCCUUCAGAGCGUCCUGCAGAACGGCGUCGGCCGGUACGUGAGCCAGCUGAAGCGGAUCUCCAUCGUGUUCUCCAGGAAGGCGCAGAGCUCGCUGGGAGUCAGGGAGUUCAUUGAAGAGGGCGUGGUGGAUUAUGCCAAGAAGAACCCCGCGACUGUCGUGUACGUGUCCCCGCAGUCGUGCAGGAUACCCAAAAUAGUUGCAGAAUACUUAAACGGCAACGUGAGGGAAGAAAUCAUCACGAGCAAAACGGCUCCGCAGAUUUCAGAUCUUUUGACCAAACUGACCAAUCAGUCCGGCCUGGACGUGAUCCGCAUCCGCAAGCCGUUCCACACGGACAACCCCAGCAUCCAGGGCCAGUGGCACCCGUUCACCAACCGGCCCCCGUGCAUCGGCCCCAUCAGACCACAGAAACAAGAGGCCGAAUAAAGACUGGGCUGAAUGUGUUUCACCUGCGCACACAGCGUCUGAAUGCCACAUCUGAAUAGACUGAAUCCACACGAGGCCUGUCUGCUGACGUAUUACGGAGCAGAUAACUGUUUUUUUUUUAAUCCCAAGGUUAUUUGAAGAUUUGUGUAAUAAGUGCAGCUCUUUGUGUGGAAUAAAAUAUGUGUAUAUAUAAA